GUAACCGCUGCGUGCUGUCCCGGGCGAAGAGCUGCACGGAGUGCAUCCGUGUGGACAAGGACUGCUCCUUCUGCACCGACGAGGGUUUCGAAGAGCCUCGCUGCGACCUGCGGGAGAACCUGCUGCGGUACGGCUGCGGGGAGGCCAGCCUCGUCUACACCAGCGGCGAGAUGCGGGCACAGCAGAACUUCAGUAUCAACAUGUCACUGCAGAGGACCCAGGUGUCCCCCCAGAGCAUGUUCAUGAGAAUGCGAGCUGGGGAGGAGAUGAGCUUCAACAUGGAUGUCUUCCAGCCCUUGGAGAGCCCCGUGGAUCUCUACAUCCUCAUGGACUUCUCCUACUCUAUGUCUGAUGAUCUGGACAACCUCAAAAGCAUGGGCCAAAACCUAGCGGAGUUCCUGCGAGAGCUGACCUCCAAUUACACCAUUGGAUUCGGCAAGUUUGUGGACAAAGUCUCAUCCCCUCAGACAGACAUGAGACCUGAGAAGCUGCGCGAGCCCUGGAACAACGCCGACUCCCCCUUCUCCUUCAAGAACGUCAUCCGCCUGACCAGCAACAUCCACCACUUCAGCCAGGAGCUCAGGAAGGAGCGCAUCUCGGGCAACCUGGAUGCCCCCGAGGGCGGCUUCGACGCCAUCCUGCAAACAGCCGUGUGCAAGGAUAAGAUUGGCUGGAGGAAGGACAGCACUCACCUGCUCGUGUUCUCCACUGAAUCUGCCUUUCACUAUGAAGCUGAUGGUAGCAACGUCCUGGCAGGGAUCCUGGCGAGAAACGAUGAGCAGUGUCACCUGGACACCGAUGGCACCUACGUGUAUGAUACCAAGCAGGACUAUCCUUCAGUGCCCACCCUGGUGCGCCUCUUGGGCCAGCACAACAUCAUCCCCAUUUUUGCUGUCACCAACCACUCCUACAGCUACUAUGAGAAGCUGCACAAGUAUUUCCCCAUCUCUGAGAUCGGGGUGCUCCAGGAGGACUCGUCCAACAUCGUGGAGCUGCUGCGCAUAGCCUUUGAGCGCAUCCGCUCCAAGAUGGACAUCCGGGCUGACUUUGUCCCCAAAGCCAUGAAGACAGAGUUCACCUCCUCAAUGUAUCAGAAGACAGAAUCUGGCUCCUUCCACAUCACCCGUGGGGAAGUGGGCAAGUUCAACGUGCGUGUGAAGGCCCUGGAGUACGUUGGCGGGCAGCACGUCUGCAGCCUGCCCGAGAAGGACCGGCAGGGAGUUAUCCACGUGAAACCCACAUCCCUGAGCAACAGCCUCAAAGUCACCGCCUCUGUCAUCUGCAACGUGUGUCCUUGUGAACAGCAGCAAGAGUUCAACUCGCCCAAGUGCAGCUUCCACGGGGACUUUGUCUGUGGACAGUGCAUCUGCCACUCAGGCUGGCGAGGGGACACGUGUGACUGCUCCCCGGCGGCGUCCCCCAACCUGGAAGCCUGCGUCCGGCCCGGGGACACGGAGCCGUGCUCGGGCCGGGGCGAGUGCCUCUGCGGGAAGUGCCACUGCUACUCCCAGGACCUGACGCAGCGUUUCGACGGGGCCUUCUGCCAGUACGACGUGCUGCAGUGCCCCCGCACCUCCGGCUUCCUCUGCAACGACCGCGGGCGCU